AUGGACGACCACAAACAGACCCUGGCCCACGGCAAACAUGCUGCCCAGCAAGAGCAGGCCAUGACGCUCUGGCAGGGCCUCCGUCUGUAUCCCAAAGCCGUCGCAUGGUCUGUGCUGCUAUCCUCAACCCUCAUCAUGGAGGGCUACGACCUCGCCCUGCUGGGAACCCUCUACGCUUCACCAGCCUUCAACCAGAAAUACGGCGUCCAAACCGCCGAUGACGACUGGAAUAUCUCAGCAGCCUGGCAAUCCGGCCUCUCAAACGGCGCGCGCGUCGGCGAGGUCAUCGGCCUGAUCCUCAGCGGUCUCGUCUCUGAACGCCUGGGCUAUCGCUGGACAAUGAUCAGUGCCCUCCUUGCCAUGAACGCCGUCAUCUUCCUCUUCUUCUUCGCCGUCGACGUCCGCAUGCUCCUCUCUGCCGAAGUCCUGGCCGGUAUCCCCUGGGGCGUCUUCCAGACCCUGCCAGCCGCAUACGCCGCCGAAGUGUGCCCCGUCGUGCUGCGCCCAUACCUGACUACCUACAUCAACAUGUGCUGGGUGAUGGGCCAAUUCAUCGCCGCCGGCGUCAACCGCGCCUCCUUCGCGCGAGAAGACCAAUGGUCCUACCGCAUCCCUUUCGCUAUUCAAUGGGCAUGGCCCCUCCCACUCGCCGUGGGGAUCUUCUUCGCUCCCGAAUCCCCCUGGUGGCACGUCCGACGUGGCGAUAUCGCCGGGGCCAAACACGCCCUGCAGCGCCUAACCCUAACCUCCUCCCCAUCCAGAGACACCAACCAAAGCGAACCAUUCGACCUCGACGCCACAAUAGCCAUGAUUGCACACACCAACGAGCUCGAAAAGUCACUCACAGCCGGGACAUCAUACACCGACUGCUUCAAGCGCGCAGGCGGCAACCUCCGACGCACAGAGAUCGUCUGCGGCGUGUGGAUCGUCCAGACACUCUGCGGACAGAACUUAAUGGGCUACUUCGCCUAUUUCUGCGUCCAGGCCGGCUUACCAGAGGUGCACUCGUUCAAUCUCUCGCUCGCACAGUACGCACUCGGGAUCCUAGGGACAAUCGGCUCCUGGUUCCUCAUGGCCAAGCUCGGCCGGCGAAGCAUCCACCUCCUGGGCCUCUGUUGUUUAUUCACACUGCUCAUAGUAACAGGGAGUCUCUCCUUCGCAUCUCCAUCAAACACAGCAGCUAAAUGGUCCAUCGGCGCCAUGCUAAUCCUCUUCACAUUCCUCUACGACAUAACCCUGGGCCCCGUAACAUACGCGCUCGUCUCCGAACUCUCCUCAACGCGCCUCCGAUCCAAAACUAUAAACCUCGCGCGCGCGGGCUACAAUAUUAGUAAUAUCGCCGUGAAUGUGCUCACGAACUACCAGCUGAAUGACGAUGGCGAGACGGGGUGGGGCUGGGGCGCGCGGUCUGCGUAUUUCUGGGCGGGCUCUUGUGUGGCUUCUCUUGUUUGGGCGUUUUGGAGGGUUCCUGAGCCGAGGGGGAGAACUUUUGCUGAGCUUGAUGUGCUUUUUGAGAGGGGGGUUUCGGCUAGGAGGUUUGGGGGGGUUGUUGUUGAUCCAUUUGAGGAUGGGAUGGAGGUAGGAGAGGGGAGAGAGGGUGGGAAGGGGUGA